GGAUUCCAAGAAUUGUUUCUAACGCGAUAUAGCGUCCUGUCAUUCCCCMAUGAAUGCAUUCUAUCGAACAGACAUACUUUUCCAGAGUAUUCUAAUACUCUCCCUCAACAGCGACGUUCCAAACACAGGUAUCAUUGUGAUAUAAAUAAUGACCGUUGCUUCUCUUUGGAAGGCUCUACAGCGAGCCGGUUGUGGAAAGAGGGUCGGAGCAAAGGAACUCCAGGAUCACCACCAUGAAAAGGCAAAGACGAAUCYAUGGAAUGUCAACGAGUUGAAAAAACUCUCCUCACCUCUCGAAAACGGGCCAGUUCUUGCUGUUGACCUUUCCAUUUGGAUUUGUGAGGCUCUUACAUCUUCAGCGAUGCAACAUAACCAUGUCACCGACCCAGCUCUGCAACUUGUCUACAGCCGGACCCUAAAACUGCUCAAUUUGGGCAUCGGGCUUGUCAUUGUCAUAGAGGGAAAGCGAAGGAUUCGAAACCUUGGAAGAUCAAGAACAAGUGCCACCGAUAAAGAYAAUGUUAAGAACGAUGGAGAAGAUAAGUUCCGAAAACGCCGCAGUGGUGCCCGGUUUUGGACAGCAUGCCAGCGGUGCGAGGAAAUGCUCAAGCUCCUUGGGACUCCCGUCGUGCGUGCAAAUGCGGAAGGGGAGGCCCUCUGUGCUCUACUGAACAAAAAAGGGAUUGUUGACGGGGUCAUUUCCAACGAUGGUGACUGCCUAUUGUUUGGUGCAAAAGUUCUGUACACYAAAUUUUCUGUGGAGAACCUCGACCAAUCCAAUAUCAUCCGGUACGAYGCAAACAAUAUUCAAGCUGUAGUUGACGAUGACGACACGGAUAAGUAUGAUAGCACCAGARAAAAAUCGAAAGACGGCAAAGACGUUGUCAAACUAUCUCGGAGCGACUUAAUUGCUUUUGCGAUCCUAACUGGUAGUGAUCUGGCCGGAGGUGGUCUUUYAAAAAUUGGCUGCCGGAAAGCCAUUCGGUUCAUUCGAAAGUGUCAAAUCGACAAUCCACUGAAAGAAGAYACUAACUCUUCCCCAGUACUUAAACUUUUGCUUUCCUGGGAGCAGAAUGCGAUUGGCGCGUCUGAGGAUGAUAAURAAAAGGAAAUCUCAGGACCUCACUGCAGCUGUUGCGGGCAUCCCGGUACAAAGAAGAGUCACAAAAGAUAUGGCUGCAAGGGCUGCGGUACAAAGCCAGGAGAGCUAUGCUUCAAAAUUUCAUCUGGCGAUCGUUUUCGCAAAUCGCUUCGAUCCAGGGCACUCGAGAUGCGACCGGACUUUCAUCCCUCCUCGACAAUACGCGCCUAUCACGAACCAAAUGAAAAUCAGAUUCCUCUUUGUCUGAUCGGCAAAACAGCUCGCACUGUGAAAAUGAAAGUUCCUCAGCUYGAAAAGAUGCUGCAGUCGUCCUUCAUUGUCAGAGGUCGCAGUCACGAAGAAAACCAAGAGUAUAUUAGGAAGUCUUUGUCAACAUACCUUGCAAGACAAGAACUAUUUGGACAGAUGAUGUCGAAGUCUGCUUCGRAGGAAGACAGAAUAAUUAAAUUGCCCACAAACUCCAACCGCCCAGUUCCCAUAGGUAUCAAUAAGCUCCUAGUCCGAGCUGGAAAACCUUCGUGUGAGGUAAAAUGGGUCGUGAAAGCAACGACAAGUGAUGUGGAAGGAAAUCCUUUGGACCGAUACGAGUUUUCUACAAUCGAAGACAAAGGUGCAAUCCAGAAGUGCUACCCAAAAUUGAUUCGCGUUUUCGAAGAGGAGCAGAAAGCACUUCAACAGCAGGGAGCAGCCGAACAGGAGAAACGGCGGGCCUUCCUUCUGAACAUGGAGGAAGCAAUGGCUCACCGAUGCGUCGGUCCUCUUUUAGAAACAAGCAAGAAAGACAGAGCCCGUCAGGAYUGUUUCGAUAAAUAUCAAUGCGUCGUGAACAAURCUUGCAAUACAAAAUCGAAAGGCGUUAGUGAUGACGUGAAAGCUAUCCUUGUCCAGAUAAAGAACAACAAGCAGCYUCGAAAAGAAGAAAACKCUGGAAAUAGAAAAUAUGACUUGCAUAUUGGCAAAAUAAUUGCUACAAAUGCUGAUGGAGGUUUUAAAGAACUGAAACCCCAUCAACGAGGAUUAAGACGUGGCGUCCGUGAUGCAAUAGCAAUGAACGGGACCACAGACGAAWACGAAGAAUGCAUGGAUUGUGAUUCCAGUACAAUUAUGACAAUCAAUCUUACUGAAUACGACAUCGGCAAWAAGCCCAAAACAUUCAGAGACAACGAUAURCCUGWCCACUGUUGCAAUGCUCUGACACCUGGGCAUCUGCAUUAUUUGGGCGUUCGAUCUACCAAAUUUCGUUAUAUGACUGGCAGUGAACAUCACUUCAAAAACGAAACCCAGAAGCUAAGCAAGUCGUCGACUUUGCCAAUAUUUUUGGAUGCGGUCGAYCAAACGAGCAAGCACCCCGYAUCGAAGGAGACACGUCCAGGAAAGAAAAACGCGGUAGCUACACAUCGAAAUUUUGCACCCACAAGUGUUGCAGAUAUCCCUCGCAGCUACAGCAAAGAUGCGAUUCGUGCAGAAUAUCACUGCUCUGAUCGUACGAACAAAAGGAAAGAGAUAAGCCAUGAGAAACGCUCCAUCUCCACAGAAUCAGAGAUAGAAAAAUCGCGAUUGAAGGUGCACCAAGAUAGCACCGUGCACGAGCAGAAAAGAAGUCUAUCAAGGAGUCCCCAACUCAAGCGUGCCAAGGKAACGCUAGACCAGAAUGAGGGUAUUGAUGACGCGCUUUAUCGCCCGAGUCAAGAGAGGCAAAGAAGUCUAUCAUGGAGUCUCCCACUCAAGCGUCCCAAGACAAUGCUAGACCAAAAUGAGUGCAUUGGUGGCGAGGUUAGCCGCCUGGAUCACCGCGCGGAAAAUGGGAUUUUGAACAGUUACAGACAUUCCGAAGAGGRCGACMGGCUGUUCAGAAUCGAGGUCUUGAAAACGAAAAUUAAGCUUCUGGAGCUAGAACACGAUGAGCUCGAAGAGCGAAAAAAACGCACGUGGCCGAGGUCGGAAGCCUUGCGGGUAGUUGGUGAUGAUAAUGGGACUGACCAUUUUGAAAUUCCUAGUAUCCUUCCUGUAAGACACGGGAAAGAGGAAUGUCAUCGCCAAAGACCCGGCCUUCGGAGAAUCUUSGUAGACGAGCGCAGACGCCAAGGCAGCUCCUCUAUUGCCCCAGCGCCUUUGCUCGACAAAAGCAGCGAAUGGUUYCCCCAAAGGCCGGAGGCGCUAGACCUAGAUGGAKGCCAAGAGUUCGAGUGGUGCRGAGGCCUCCGUAAAAGCCACGGAUGGCACGUCUACGAUUCGCACGAAUACACCGAACGCCAGGCCCGCGACGAUCAAUUGCAUUGCCUUCSUGCCAUUGACGAGAGAGACGACUUCCGCUUCGGGCAUGCAACGAACGAGGAUUGCAAUCCAAACCCCGAACCAAUCGGACGGCCGGCAUUCCACACCAAUCGCAAAGGAUCCCUGUUUGACAGCCAUUGCUGCGUUCGCGAUCGAACCGGCAGCAGGGGAGGAGACGGCCCCCAUCGCGGCACAAGACGCACGGGCACGGAGAAGGCCUCGCCCCACCGCGUCCCUUGCCCGAGGGCCACCAACCCCCGCGCCCGAGAGUUUGAGGUCGAGCUCGAGCUCGAGCUCGAGGAGCGCGUUGCCUCCAAGCUCGAGUCGCGCACCCGGCGAGCCAAGCUGGGCCUCCUCUGCUCGGAAGGCUUGUGCCUCGCCGGGGGGGAAGGCGACGCGGCCACGGCCCGCGUGGGCUGGUACUCGUAGGUAAUGCGUGCCGAAGCUAGAAGCGAGUAGUGCGAAAGCAAGAAGCUAGCUAGCUAGCUGCUUGCACCCGCAGUGGUACGGUACGUACUAGUGGUGAUAGCAGUGCCAUCGCUGGCAGCGGGGGCUGUGGUCCCUAGCGCAUCCCGCCCCGGCCGACAAUGCUACUGCUACUGCUAAAACUAGUACUACUAUUUGUACUUGUAGUAGUACGAGGAAUUCUAACACCACAAGCAGGGUCCUUGCCUCGCUCGCUCUUGAUGCGUCCGCACUCGCUUCUAGCAACUACUACUAGUAGUACUCUAAAUGCAAUCCAAUGGUUCGCAAUACUACUAGUAGAAGAAGUAGCUACUACUAUAAACAUCCAUAACACCGUAAUACCACUAGAAGCAUAAAAUAAUAUUGUCACUACCAU